CUUCGAGCCGUCAUGUCUCUUCUGGGACACCGUAGUAAAUGCAGCCCGGCGGGGAUCAUGUUGAAGGUUACAGGCGGUGCAAUGCCGGGUGCUUUGAGUCUGUUGCCGACCGCCGUCUGUGCUGCUGCUGCUGCUGCUGCCGGUGACGGGGAACAAGAGGCGACCACCUCGUCGAGUCUGGACGAACUGUCCCUGUACACCGCUCCUCAACAGAAGUCUCGGUAUGUGGAGCCCGACGCGGGUCAACUGGAGCAGAGUGUCGCCACCCUCCGGAAGCUGGUGGAGCCGUACACGGAUUGGUGCCAGGGCACCUACGACAAAAUUAAACCCAGGGUUCGAAGUGUCGUGCAGUACGGGAACGACACCUACGCCUACUUGAAGAACCCUCCGAAGGACUUCUACCCCCGGGCAGGAGUCAUCGGCUUCACCGGUGUCCUGGGACUGCUGCUUGCCAGAGGCUCCAGGGUUAAGAGAGUCAUCUACCCGACCGGCCUAAUGACCGUGGGCGCCUCCCUCUACUACCCGGAGCACGCUGCCGCCGUCGCAAAGUCAACCGGGGACUCCGUGUACGACUGCGCCGUGCGGAGUUACGCCGCCGUGGAGAAGAUGCUGAGGCCCCAAAGCAAGGCUGAAAAGGGCCCCGACUCAGAAACUAAACCCUGAAGAUCCCGGUGUGACUCUGCAACCACUCGGCAGUAGGAAAUCGCACAGCAGCCUUUCCCCGAUGCCGUAGUUUGACACGAGCUACGCAGAUCGACGCUAAUCUUGUGAUUUUGUCAUGCCCACUUUUUGCACUAAAGCUUCACAUGCAUCUCAGGCCGGGCAUGGCCGGUUACAAGGGGUUUUCAGCUUGAAUGAUUUACUUCUGCUUCUGAUUUGAAUGUAUAUUUAUGUAGAGAGUUAAUAAAAAUCAACUUGUCCUGCA